AUGGGAGGGCUGGAGUUUUCGGUACAGGCAGAAAAAGAUCCUCUUUCGGCGACAUCAGAAAAAAUCAAUACUCUUUCGAUUACCAAUCGAUGCCUUAAAUAUCCUCGUACAAGGUCAUGUGCUUUUGAUCUGUUAACUUCCUGUGAUUCUUUCACAGUCGUUAUUUUACCCAG